AUGACCCUAGGAACGGAACCUCACUUUCGCCAAGUCAUACAGGGAUGGCUGAGAACAGAGCCGAAGUCAAUAAUCAUCACGACAUUAGAAGCACGCCGUACAUACAUCGAGGGUUUGGUGGAGGAAAUCGGAGACUCUCGAAUCAUGGUAAUGGCUGUCGAAACCGCUUCGUAUCGAAGACAGUGUUACGAAGCCAUCUCCAAAGUCACGACCGCAUUCUACAUUGUUGUGGAUGACCGGUCACUGUGGGGUGUCUCCACGCUUGACGACAUCCUCGCGCCGUUCCGUGACCCUAGAGUCGGUGGCGUCACGGGACUACAGGCGGUGAAGCCUCGAAAUGGGAACACCUUGACCCAGUGGGAAACAUUUGGUGCUUUGAACCUCGCGAGGAGAAAUUUCCCGCACUCAGCUUUGGCAUUCUUCAACAAAGGCCAGGUUCUAAACCUUUCCGGCCGGCUUUCUGCUUACCGGACCUGCAUCUACAAAGACCGAGGAUUCCGUGAUGCAUUUCUACACGAGUUGUGGCUCGGACGCUUUCCUAUCACGACUGGAGACGACAAUGCCUUAACCACUUGGUUGCUGCACAAAGGCUGGAGGACUGCGUUCCAAAACUCGCCGGGGGUCAUGAUCGCUGCCGGUAGUAUCUCCGAACUGGCUCUGCACAAGACAGCUGCUCCGAUGGCUGCGAGACACCCUUCGAUACUAUCUCUUGGACAUCACGUUUGCGUUCAAAACGCGGGAGAAAGACCAUCUCGUGCGCGCCGUUCUCAACAUUGUUGUUUAUUUCAUAACCGAUUGUGCGAUGAUAUUUGA